AUGCGUUCUCUCAUCGUUCUUCUAGCCCUGGUGGCGUCGGUGGUCGCCUUCACGCAACUGCCUUCUACCUACUCGACGAAGCAGAGAAAGGACACCUGCAAGGACUACUGCAUGGGAAAGUUCAUCGCCGACCAGACGAACUUCAACUUUCUGCUAAGCGGCUGGGAAAUCUGCGUUUGCCCCGUCGCACAACAGAGCGGAAGCUGGUAUAUGUCGAACUGCUACACGAACUGCUACAACCGCUGCCUGAGCACCAACGGGUUGUGCUCCUGGAACCAGGCGUUGAACACCGACUACAAGGGGAGGUGCUGCUCGAACGCCAACAACAACGCAAACAUCAGGAAGCAGUGCUACAACCUCAAGACCGGCCUCUGCUACCAGACA